AUGGGCGAUUUCUUGACAGCUGUGUCAACUGUUUCACUCAAGUCAAGGCAAAAUAUCAACAAGCCCAUUAUCGAAGAAGUCAUCUCAGAAAGACCUAAACCUCGUACUGUUCGAAAAUCACCUGCUUCGACCGACGAAGCAUUACACAUUUUACGUUCAAGUCCUGAUCAGGAUGCUCUCCAUGACCUUCUCUUGUUCUUGAGCCAACCAUCUCAACAAUCAGCUGGCUUCGACAUCAAGAUCCCGACUCCAUCAUCAGCCAAAGUCGUAAAUGAACUAAUAAACACAACAUUACCGGAUUUCUGGGGCAGCGAUGAUCAGACAAAUGUCUUGCUUCUAGACUGCCUGAGAAGUGUAGCUGGUAUUGGCGGCGUACUCGCAAAGCUACGUCUUUCAAUAUCAAAAUGCCAGUCGGCACGCAAGGGUGUACAGGGGUCAGAGUCGACACAGCCAUUGUCAGAUCUUACAUCGAUCUUGUUGCAACUAAUAUCCUCGGACAGCCUGGCUGAAAAUGUGUAUGACGAUAUCAACAGACUCGUUGAAAGUCAGGCGAAGCGAACGCUUCUGUGGAAAGAAUUCCUCACAUUAGUCGGGACGGGGAAGAUCAUUGCAUCUGCAGCAGAAGCCGAAGACACUGUCAAGUCUGCAGGAGGUCAACUUGAACCCUCUUGGCUCUCAAAUGGCUCCAAAUACUCUGCAUGGCUAGGAAGAAAUGUCUGCACUAUGUUGCAUAAAACUACAAAAGACACAAGCACAUUCAAGGCCGCAGCUCAACUUUUUGGCAAGGCUCUCGGUAUUGGCUAUCCAGUUCGAGUUGUCGAAGAAAUUCAUACACACAUCACAUUCAUCUCGCCUCAUGCAGGCUCCAAGUUGCAACCAAUGCUGCAAAGCUUACAAGCUCACGAGCAACGCCAACUCCUAGACCAGACUUUCAAGAUCCUAUCGAAACAAUGCCUACCUCUCAUGUCACCUCCAGACUUUGACGAAACUCUGACAGAGUCGCCCUCUACGAUCGUUGCUGCCUCGGCUACGAUCAUGGAGCUGAUAGGAAACAGCGAAGCCAUGAGAAGCCAUCUCGAGACAUGGUUGUCUGAUCCAGCACUGAAUGCUUCAGAGUCGUUUGCUCUGCGUCGAGCAGCUGUUUCUGCAUUUGUUCAUGCAAGCAAAGGGACCACGAACAUGCUUGAGGAUCCGAUUCAAGAUCUCACGGAGAAGGUUAUAAAACGGUUUGGUGACAACCUUUUCAUCAAGCAUUCGCCAAUCUUGCAGCAGGAAGCUUGCGCUCAAGUUCUGCUCUUGCUCGCGGGUUAUGCGCAUCGAGCCCAGCCAAUGUCUUUGUUCAUUAUGGCUCGCUCGAGCGCACAUCUGAACGGAAUGUCAAACCGCCUGAACUCAUCUUCACCACGGGCUCGGUUCCUUGGCAUGAUUGUCGGAAUGACUAUAUCAGAUCUAGUCGACAAACCAGGAUCAAAAAUGAACUUUGACAUUGAUGAUGUGAAAACAACCGAAGGAAAGUGGUACCAGCGUCUUGUCAAGGUCGACGACAAGAUCGGUGAUCACACAAAGAUCAAAGAAGUUUUCGGCGCCAAAAAGGUCAGAGAAUUGGGCCCUGCCACCACGUCAAGUCCUCACUCCGUGAAGAAGCCCAUCCAAGCGAAGCCGAAACCCAAGCCUCUCAUUCAGGAAGAACCUCAAGGCCCUAGGAUCAUGGAAGUGCUGGACGAUUCUGAAGAAGACGACGAUCUCGUGCCUUACGCCAAACCAGACUCUGACCCUGAAGAUGAAGACGAGGACCCGACUAUGAUCAAUCGCGACAAGCCUAAGGCUCCAGUGUACAUACGCGAUUUAAUGGCUGGAUUGAAUGACUCGGAAAACUACGACCGACAUAGUUUGGCUUUGAAGAGUGCUGCUGCUUUGAUCCGUCGCAAGUCUUCAUUCGGCAAGGAAGUCAGUGAUCAUGCUCUCGAGCUUGCAUCGAUUCUGGUAGGACUUGGCGACACGUUCGAUAUGGAAGACUUCCUCGAGCUGCGUCUGCAGGCAUUGAUUGCGGUGCUUGUAUCAAAUCCAGAGCAGAUGGCGCCAUGGUUUGCACGACAGGUCUUCGAUGGAGACUACUCACUAAGUCAACGUACCACGGUUCUGAGUGUCCUGGGGUUGGGUGCGCGAGAGCUGGCUGGCUAUAAGGAUGAGGACGAAGACCUGAAUCCAAAGAUUGCAGCAACAUCGUUCCCAAGCAAACAGCUUCCUGAGAGAUUGCACAGGAUGUACACCGCUGAGCGCAACGCACCGGUCGCUCGCAUUGCAUCCAACCUCGAACGAUCCAUGAUACAACCGAUGGCCCUCGACGCAGCUGACAAAAUGUCAGGUCCCAACAUCCUGAAAGUCAGAACAUUCUCUUCGCGCAUGGAAGUCGAAAAGAAGAGGAAGAAGAUCAUCCCUAACGCAUUAGCAAAAAUUGUCGCAGAAGGCUUCUUCUUCCCCCUGACUGGACGUUGGUGGCAGAAUCUACAAGCAUAUGGAGUGGAAAACGUGCAUUUCCAGCCCUUCUUGCUGAGUACAUAUCUCAAGACACUAUCCCUGGUCUUGCAUGCAGCGGGGUCAGGAACAAUAAGCCUCCCACAGAUGACAGCAGAGUUCUGGGAGUUGAUUUUGAGUGUCAGGACGAAUGCAUUGGCAGAUGUCAGUGUUCUGGAGGCUGUUCUCUUUGCUACUCUGACUCUUCUGGAUAUGAAUGAGGACAAGCGCAGACUGGCAGAAGAGCAUUCGAAACAAUUAAUCGAGACACAAGAGUGGGUUGAGCUUGUCUUCGACAGAGUUGGUGGAGGUGACGAAGAGGGCGAGAGAAUACGCAUGCUUGCUGCUAGCGUUUUGAUGAAGACAAGAGAAGUGGUGGACAAGUACCAACGCUUGCUGGUUGGCGACCUUGUAGACUAUUGA